AUUAACUUUAAGUGACAUGCCGCUGUGCGGUUGUCUGACCUAGAUUCGCGCAUAUCAGUCUUCUCCGAGUUGGUGCACCGAUAUAGGUCUCCAACAUGUCGUCAGAUAACAGCGAUGAAAAGUUCGUGAUGGAUCCCGACCAUGGGGAGAUACCCGAUCUGAGAAAUUCGAAAGGCCACGGAUUCUACUGUUUCAAGCAUGAUGGGGUGUAUUUGUACAUAGUGCAUCCCUCUGUGCUAAAGGGAGUUCGGCCUGCAGACCACCUCAGGAGUAUCAAAGAAGCCGAAUUGAAAGACGAUGACAUCUUUAUAUGUGCAUAUCCCAAAUGUGGAACCCAUUGGUUGUGGGAGGUUAUCGAGAUGCUAAAGAGUGGUACCAUCAAGUAUCAAAAGGAUGUCAAAGAGACCCGAAUGUUGGAAUUAAUCUCCAAAGAUGGAAUAGAAGCAGUGCCACAGCCACGUGUCUUCAACACCCACCUCCAUCUGCGCAUGCUCCCUAAACAGGUCGUGGAGAAGAAGAUCAAGUGUUUCCAGAUCAUGCGGAAUCCUAAAGAUGCCUGUGUGUCCUUCUUCAACCACUGCAGGGACAUGACUCCACCUUAUGAUUAUGAAGGAGACUUCGUGGAGUUUACAGAGGCGUUCUUGUCAGAAAAAAUGGCGUUUGGGUCCUACUCCACCUAUCUGCUAUCAUGGAAAGCCGAAGUGGCAGCUGCACCAGAGUUACCUGUCCUUGAUUUGUUCUACGAGGACAUGAAAUUUGACCCUGUCAAGACUGUGAAAGACGUCGCCAGAUUCCUAGGCCUGUCAUCAACGGACCAGUUCUGUGAAGAGGUUGCGGAUGCUUGUUCCUUUAAGAAGAUGAAAAAGGUUGACCAGGAAAUGAAAGGUGACGCUCCCAUCAAGAUCUGGGCAGAUGGCAAAGAAGGGACAUUCUACAGAAAAGGUGAAAUCGGAGACUGGAAGAAUUGGUUCACUGUGGCAGAAAGCGAGAGAUUUGAUCAAAUAUGGAAUGCCAAGAUGAAGGAUUCUGGGUUCAAGUUUACCUAUACGCCUGUGUGAGGUCAUGUAAAGAUACUGGUUCGUGUUAUCCGAUACAGUGAAAUUUGUAAGACCCAAGACACUGAAUGUCAGUGAACGUAAAGCAUUAACGCAACAAUUUGCGUUUUAGGCCGAACCUUACGGGAAAUGUAACCUCUCAUGUACGUACAUUUUGUUUAUUCCUUUUAAAAUGUUUCAUUUUAUUGCAUCAGUAUAUCCUCUGUUUAUCAAACAAACCCUAAUUUUAACCUGGGUAUUUAUAGUUUCUUGCCUUGACUGGAACGUUAGCUAUGACAAAUUGAUCGUCGUGCGGGAAAUACUGUUGCAGAGCCCUGGGCCAGUCUCCGACUGUUAAAGUACGUAGGGUUGCAGUAUACCAAAUCUCUAUUUUCUGAUGGUGUUAAUUGAACUGCAAAUAAUAAACCGGCUUUGAAAACGACACAGCAAAUGUGUGUUUUCGUAUGCGUUUUAACGUAGAUUUUUCCCACUUUUUAUAAUACACUGAUAAUAUUUA